CCGGGUCACGUGGUUACACCCGGAAGCGCGCUGCUGGCUGGCUACGUGAGAGCGGCGGAUCUGCAUUUGCAGCACCAAGGAUGCUCUGCCCUUCCCUGAACUGGCCGGAAUCUAGCUGCUUGGGAACUCUGCUGUAUUCCUCACCAAGGCUGUAACGAAACCCCAGAAUGGCUCCUGCGGUGGUGGCUGGCAUUCAGCAGAGGGCUCCGUGAAUGUCCCAUGGGCUGUGGCUCCUACUCAGGCUGAACUCACACAUGUGACCUUGCUGCUCCCUGGAAGAUGAAGUGCGUGUUGGUGGCCACCGAGGGCGCGGAGGUGCUCUUCUACUGGACAGAUGAGGAGUUUGAGGACAGCCUCAGGCUGAAGUUCAGGCAGUCAGAGAAUGAGGAGGAGGAGCUCCCUGCACUGGAGGACCAGCUCAGCACCCUCCUGGCCCCUGUCAUCAUCUCCUCCAUGACAAUGCUGGAGAAGCUCUCAGACACAUACACCAGCUUCUCCACAGAAAAUGGCAACCACCUCUAUGUCCUGCAUCUGUUUGGAGAGUGCCUGUUCAUCGCCAUCAAUGGAGACCACAGUGAGAGCGAGGGGGACCUCCGGAGGAAGCUGUGUGUGCUCAAGUACCUGUUCGAGGUGCACUUCGGGCUGGUGACUGUGGACGGCCAGCUCAUCCGGAAGGAGCUUCGCCCCCCUGACCUGGAGCAGCGUGCCCGAGUGUGGAAGCAUUUCCAGAGACUGCUGGGGACAUACAGCCACCUGCGGGAACAGGAACAGGGCUUUGCUGUGGAGGCAGUGGAGCGGCUGAUUCACCCCCAGCUCUGUGAACUGAGCAUUGAGACGCUUGAGCGACAUGUGGUUCAGGCUGUCAACUCCAGCCCCGAGCGGGGCAGCGAGGAGGCCCUGCAUGCCUUCCUGCUUGUGCACUGCAAGCUGCUGGCUUUCUACUCCAGCCACGGUGCAAGCACCCUGCGCCCAGCAGACCUCCUGGCGCUUAUCCUUCUCGUUCAGGACCUCCAGCCCACCCAAGACUCCACAGAAGAGGAUGACAGUGACGACUACAGCCCUCAGUCUUUCCCCCAGAGGAGACCCCUGAGCAGCCAAAACAUCCCAGUGCAGCAGGUUAGAAGCCAGAGCACCUCAGGCCCCACCAGGAGUUCCGAGGAGACGGACACAGACAGCGUCUCCUUCACUGAGGAGUACUUCACACCUGCUCCGUCCCCAGGCGAGCAGAGUUCAGGUAGCAUGCUGGAUGGCGGCACCCCACCCACCGCUGCUCUUCCGACAGCUGAGGACGCCGUCCAGGGGCUGAUGCCACCUUCCCCAGAAACUCCCAGCCCCAGAAGGAUCUUCCUGGAUGCCAGUGUAAAAGAAAACUACUGUCCCCUAGUGCCACACACCAUGUACUGCCUGCCCCUGUGGCCGGGCAUCACCAUGGUGCUGCUGACCAAGAGUUCCAACACUUCACUGGCCCUAGUCCUGUACCAACUGCUGGAUGGUUUCUCCCUGCUGGAGAAGAAGCUGAAGGAGGGUCAGGAGCCUGGAAGUGCCCUGCGGUCCCAGCCCUUCGUUGGAGACCUGCGCCAGAAGAUGGACAAGUUUAUCAAGAAUCGAGUUGGGCAGGAGAUUCAGAGCUCCUGGCUGGAGUUUAAGACCAAGGCCUUUUCUAGAAGUGAAGCAGGAUCAUCCUGGGAGCUGCUCCAGGCCUGUGCAAAGCUGAAGCGACAACUGUGUGCCAUCUACCGGCUCAGCUUCCUGGCCACUGCCCCCAGCAGGGGAGGCCCACACCUGCCCCAGCACCUGCAGGACCAAGUCCAGAAACUCAUGAAAGAGCGACUCCUGGACUGGAAGGAUUUCCUAUUGGUGAAGAGCCGGAGGAACGUCACCAUGGUGUCCUACCUAGAGGACUUCCCAGGCCUGGUGCACUUCAUCUAUGUGGACCGCACAACUGGGCAGAUGGUGGCCCCUUCUCUCAGCAGCAGCAAAAAGAUGUCUUCUGAGUUGGGCAAGGGGCCCCUGGCUGCCUUUGUCAAAGCCAAGGUCUGGGCUCUGGUGCAGCUGGCACGGAGGUACCUGCAGAAGGGCUGCACCACACUGCUGUUCCAGGAAGGGGACUUCCGCUGCUCCUACUUCCUGUGGUUCGAGAAUGACAUGGGCUGCAAGCUGCAGAUGAUCGAGGUGCCUGUCCUCUCUGAUGACUCAGUCCCCAUUGGGGUUCUGGGGGGUGACUACUACAGGAAGCUCCUGCGUUACUACAGCAAGAGCCGUCCCUCGGAACCCAUCCGGUGCUACGAGCUCCUGACCUUGCACCUGUCCGUCAUCCCCACUGACCUGCUGGUGCAGCAGGCCAGCCAGCUGGCCCGGCGCCUGGGGGAGGCCUCCCGGGUGAUUCUGCCCUAGGUGGAGUGUGCUGUCCUCUGCCUGAUCCCUAGCAACCUUGCUUGUAGGCAUUGCCCACAGCUACGCCUCCUCCCAUCCCCAGCAGCCCUGGUCUCCCACAGCCGCCACCCCCGCCCCCCGCUGAUUCUCCCACAUGGGUUCUGAGCAAGCCUUCUCUGAAGGGAGGGAAUGCCGCACUUCUGCUGACCCCCAGCACUGUGCAGUCAGAGAUGGGGAGCUGCCUCUCUGGGUGCCCAGGAUGGCACCUGUUAGUGAGGGAACUGUUAGUGCUCUGGCGGUGUGAAGCCGCCCUCUUCCUGCCAUUCUGAGUGGGGGAGCUGUGUCCUACUCCAAAUGAAAGGCGCUCCCACCAGCUGGCCAAGCUUGGCUACCUCAACAUGCAACUCUGGGAGAAUCCUGUUUCUUCACGUUUGACCUGGUCACACCUACCUCUCAGGGUGGUACACGGGGGUAGGUGCUCAAUAAUAAUAAAUGUCUGUUCUCGUCA